AUGUUAAAUUCAAAAUUUACUAUGAAAAGAGAACCAUUAAAAGAAAGGUUUCUUUAAAUAACAAACAAACUAAAUAAUCUUGAUAUCAAAUAAGGGACAAGUAAGGCUCAUAGAAUUGAUAAGCUAAAUGAGAGAAGCUAUAAAAUUGAUGAAAGAAUUAGAACAAUCAAAGAGAAUUACAAUAAAUAAGUUUUAUAGUUAAAAGAAUAAGUCUAAGAGCUCACUGAUUAAAUUGAUUAGGAAAGACAAGAAUUCAAAUUAUAGCAUAAUUAAUAUUCUCAAAAAUUAUCAAAUUUGGAAAAGUUAUCAUAUAAACAAUUAUAAAAUGAAUAAAGUGAAAGGACAGAUGGAAUCAAUUAAUUGUAAUCCUACAUAAAUGAAAAGGUACUUUAAUUUAAAAUAUAUUUAGAUAACUUUCAUUAAAUCAGAUUUAACAAUUGAAUCAAAAUUAAGAGAAGAAUAAAUUGAUGAAAUCUAAAGAGGUUUAGAGAAUCAUUUACCUAAAAUUAAUUAAUAAAUCAAAAGUGAAACAGAAGAUAGAUAAUUAUUUGAUAAAUAAAUUUUGAAAAAAAGUGGGGUUGAAAUGAGUAAAUUAUCCAAUUAGUUAAAUGAUAUUACAAGAUAAACAUUAGAAUAAGAAAAUGAAAUAAUUGGAAUGUUAUAAGAUUUAAUUAUAAGAACUAAAGGUGAUUUAAAAUAAUUGUCUGAAGAAAGAUAGGAAAAAGAAGAAGAAAUAGUUAAUUUAAUUGAAAAAACUUGUGAUAGAAUGGUUUAAGCAUCAUUAAUUUGA